UUAGAUAUUUCUGUUGCUGGUUUUAUAUUGGAAUGGGUGUAAAACAAAUCCUUUCUGGGUGGCUUUCAGAGGCAAUUAAAGCUGAGCCAGCUAAAUGGCUGUAGUGGCAAGGGGCUGCUGUAGGCUAUUUGGGUAUAACAGCACCAUUUUAUUCAGAACAGCAGUUAUAACAUACUUAUUCAUGCUCAAUUCAUAUUGGGUCUCUGCAUAUUUCCAGCUGCCCUUUCCUUUGGCAAUGGGGACAAAGCUCAUUAAUUUCCUUUCGUUGCACUUCAUUAAGCCUGAUGAGGAGCUGGAGCACUGUUGAAUGCUCUGAACAUGGGUUCUUUGCUCAUUGUCAAUCCUGGUUCAGCUGCUGUUGCAAACCAGAGGUUUAGAAGCCCCUGGUCCUGUAUGAAUUUUAGAGGUUGUGUCAUCAGAGCUGAGAACUGGCCAGGAAAUCUUUUAUUUUUUUUUCCCUUGGCUUGUCAAAAAAUAGAUCAAAAACGUUCUCAGCCCAUACUGAGCUAAGGGAGUAUUGUAGAAGUAUUUUCUUCAAGGAAGCAGGAAGAGGGAAGUCACCCUGUCUUCAGUUUUUCAGCCAGACCUGGGCUUCGUGGCUGGCAGAGCAGCAGGGCAGCGCAGGGUCUGGAGCGAGGUCUCUAGGUUUACACGGAUUCUUUCAAUGGCAGGCCAACCAACUUGCUCCAGUGUGAUACUUUUCAGGUCAGGUGAAGCAUCCUUGGUGGAGGCCUCUUCUCCAGCAUUGUUAGGGAGGACACUUGAGGCCUGGCCUCGGCUGAGUGGCGGUUUGGGAGAGGACUCUGUCCUCUGAUGAGCAAUUCCACCCCAGAGCGGGAAAACUCAAGGCAAAGCUUUGGACAAACCAGAUGAUUUUGCUAAGACUUUCUGUUGCAACAAACAGAUGGAGGACAGCUUAUCAGCAACUUUGCAGCUGCCUCUGAUUGGAGGCUGACUCCCAGACGCAGGCGUUUGCAGAGGAGAGAUGUUCAUGGUGCUGGUGGCUGAGCUGGAGCCUGUGAACAAGUUUGCUUUGGAGCAAGCCUUCUGUCUGGAAAUCCCCCAGUGCCUUGUUUGUGCUUAUCCCUGAUGCACAUGUGGCUACCAGGGAGCCCUGUUCUCCAGAUGGCGGCGGUGCAGCUCCACAAGGAGGCACUGGGAUGGAAUGGUUCCUGUGCAGAGAGGCAGUAGAUCAUGCAAGUGCUCCCGUGUCUUUUGCUGGUGCAGAAAUAACAGAUGCACUAAGUGAUUUGGACCUGGAGGACCUGGGGGACUUCGGCAGUGGGACCAAAUAUGAGGGCGAGUCCCAGAGCCAGACGGUGAAGGCGCUGCUGAUUGUAGCCUACUCUGUGAUCAUCUGCAUCUCACUAUUCGGCAACAUCCUGGUGUGCCAUGUGGUGAUCAAGAACAAAAGGAUGCACUCAGCCACCAGCCUCUUCAUCGUCAACCUGGCCAUUGCUGACGUGAUGAUCACCGUUCUGAACACCCCCUUCACGCUGGUGCGAUUUGUAAGCAGUACGUGGGUUUUUGGGAAGCUGAUGUGCCACAUAAGCCGGUUUGUGCAGUACUGUUCUGUCCACGUCUCCGUGCUGACCCUUGCUGCCAUCGCUCUGGAUCGGCAUCAGGUUAUCAUGCACCCCCUCAAGCCACGCAUGUCCAUGGUGAAAGGAGGGAUCUGCAUCAUUAUCAUCUGGGUGAUGGCCAGCUGCUUCUCACUGCCUCAUGCCAUCUACCAGACUUUGACGAGAUUUUAUAUUGGGAACAGAACAAUACGAAUGGUCUGCCUCCCCAGCUUCCCUCCUCCUGCUGACCUAUUCUGGAAGUAUUUGGACUUGACUACUUUUGUUCUGUUGUAUGUCUUGCCCUUGCUUGUGAUCUCCAUCACAUACACCAUAGUGGCCAAGAAGCUCUGGCUGAGGAAUGCCAUCGGGGACCUCACCAUGGAGCAAUACUAUGCCCAUCAACGGAAAAAGAAGAUGACAUUGAAGAUGCUGAUGGUGGUGGUGUUAGUAUUUGCAGUAUGUUGGUUCCCCCUGAACUGCUACGUGGUGUUGAUCUCCUGCAGGGCCAUCCACAGCAGCAAUGCUCUGUACUUCGCUUUUCACUGGUUUGCCAUGAGCAGCACUUGCUACAACCCCUUCAUUUACUGUUGGCUGAAUGAGAACUUCAGAUCCGAGUUGAAAUCCUUGCUGUAUGUGUGCCGGCGAAGAAGUGCAGCCCAGAGUCAUGCCCUGCAGUCCAUCUCACUUCCUUUCAGGCAUGCCUGGGUUGAGAACUGCCACUAUAAAAGAGGCAGCACCUGCCAGAAGACAAGGGCAUCUUCCCAGAGGAACUCUGCAAAGACAGACAUAUCCAGCGUUCAGCCUAUUGUGGCAGAAAGCUGAACCCUUUAUCUGGUGGCAAGGAAGCAUUGUGUUGUAACUGCAUAACCAUGGGAAACUCUGAGUUGGACAGGACUGCUGGAGAACAUCUAGGCCAGCCUUCUGCCCAGAGCAAGCUGGGUUCAGCCUGUGAUUGGGUUGUUCAGGACCUUGUCCUGUCAGCUGUUCAAAAGCCUCCUGGGAUAUGGACUGCCCACAUGUUGGUUCCACAACAAGGGAUAUUGAGUGAUUUUUUUUUUAAAACAAUCAACAAAAAUUAAAAGAAUUCUUUAAGCACAGGAAAAUUUCAUAGCCUGAGCAAAUAAGGGAACAUACACUGAUCAUACCCAGGUCAGCUGAUGCACAAUGUUUCAAAGUAGAAGGCUGUUUAUACAUAUAGAAACUCUGUACCAAGUCCUUCUUUUUAUUUACUUGUGAUCUGUUCAGGAUGAAUCAUGUUUACAGCCAUUCUCAGACCCAGCACAUCUCAGCUGCUUAUUCUGGUGCUCUAGAGGCACCGCAGCUCUGCCUGUCCACCUUGCUGAUACCCAGACAUGUUCUUUGCAGCACAGCAGAUGGCUGUGCCUGCCGGUCAAGGGGAAAAUGUCUCAAAAAUCACAAUGUGAGCAAAACUCGUGUGCUUUGUGGCUUCGUUGUUGGACUGGCAGCCCUUCCCUGGAGUCAGCCUGUGUCCGUCUCGGAGUUACCUUGCCAGGCAGCAGCAAUAACUGCUUGGCUGCUGCUGAAGAGGGCACCUUGCUUUGGAACUUAAAGUGCUGGGAACAGCUCUGCACUUUUUAAAAUGAAAAGCAGGCCCCAGGUAAUGGUGGCAGUAGGUGAAAAGAGUUCAUUUGUAAACCUCCAUGCAUUCCCUGUUGAAUGAAAUGGAGCAUCCGGUAGUGCCACAGCAAUUGUCUCCAAUACCAGUACUCUCACUGCUCUCAAAGGGGAUGGAGUGCUCUCAGCAACCUUUUACCCUGCUUGGAACCAUGGCUCCCAGAUGUGAGGGAAUAGCUCAGAUUCUUCGGCACGUGGGUAGGCGGUGUUGGCAGCUGCUGGCCUGAUGGGUCACUGUGGCAGCCAGUCCUGACGUUUCAGAGCUAGAUUUGGAUCAGCAGUGAGGAACAGCAAGUGAGGGCCCACGGCCAGCUUCAAACUAACAGCUGUUAAAACUCACAAAGCAUGUGUUUUUCUCUUCCUUGGAAAGAAUAACUGGUUUACUCAUUUGUGUCCAUUCAGAGAUGGCUUGGCCUUCAUGAUUGUGAAGGAUUUGGCCUCAAAAUACAGUGAAAGGAAAAUGAGUUUCAUCCUUCCUGUGCAGAAUAAUACUAAUUACCCCUUUACCAUCUGGCCACUGAAGACUGGCAGUUCGCUACAGCUGCAAAUCUGAGUAGAAGACUAUUUAAAUUGGAAAUCAGAAUGCUUUGAUAGGUACAAAAAUGUUAUCAUCUGACCUGAGUGUGCAUUUGCAUCUAAAUAAGAAACUAUGAAGCUGAGGAAAGAGUAAGCAGAACACAACCUUGCUUCUUCCUUAGGUAACUGUGGGAAGGGGAGAGGACAUAAACACACCAGACAAGAAACAGACCUUCAUGGCUUGGAAUACUGUAAACCACCCCGGCAUUCCCAGUGCCAGCACUUCAAGUGAAGGCUCCCCUCCUGGCAAUGGUGGUUGCUCAUCCCUAUUGUGUGCCUGCAGGGGUUGCCCUGCAGAAGGAUGCACGUAGGGGGAAGAAACCAAGUUAGAAAAAUCUUUUCAGAGAACAAGCAGCCAAGUCUCAGAUGUCUUCUCUGAUUCCCCUGCAAGAAAUAGGUUUAGCAGCCUUUGUCCUGUGGGCUUUACUCUGUGAGCCUCUGUUUUGUUUGCUCUCAUAAAGCAGUGUAAGCACAGCUCUGACCAGAGCUGGUGCAGCGGAGGCAGACAUCCAAAUCUCUCAUUUUAUCUUACAAGUAAAUUAUAGUAUAAACCUGGUGUUACUACUAGGUUGGGUUUUUACUGUCUGGAAAACUUGGAAUUGGUACCACUGCAAAUGGCAUUUCCAUAAUGUAGCUGUCGAGAGGGUUUGUAUAAACAAAACAGCUCUUGUUAAGAAAAGAAACAAACCACUAAACCAAAUACAACAUUAAGGUGAGAAACUUAACGAAACAUCCUCUCAUUCAAAUGUUCUUUUUACAUUGGACAAAGUCAAUGUAAUUGAGUAAUGCAGUGUGCAGGUCUGUCUUGAUGCACUCCCAGAGAACUGCCAGAACUCAUUACUGUGGAUGAAACAGAACAGAGUCUGUCCUUGCUAUUCAUCCUUUCAGCAGGACAGCAAGCUGCAUCGGGCUCCUUCAGCCAUUGCAAGGUGGGUGUACAAUAAGGGCAUAUUGUCAGCUGUGUGAGGUCCAGCAUUCAUGGGCAGAGGGACCCAUCCCUGGUAAGGUCCCACAGGCGACAGUUUGCUCCCAGUUGGACACUGACGUUGGUUUCCCAACUGCACAUCCUAUGCUCAUCCUUACUCAAGCAGUGCUGUCCUUGGUAAGACUCUGAAGUCUGGGACUGUCGAGCUGCCUCCAAAAAAUGAUUUUCUUGAGGUGACUGUGAAAAGCUGAUGUUUUUGUAUAAAUCUGGCAAACUUUGCAACAUCCUGCUAGAUGCUCCUGCUUUACCAUGAGCUCCGUUAAACUUCCCUAUGGCUGUGGCAGAACAAGGUUUGAUUCACCAACAUUUUUGGGUGGCUGAUAGCAGACAAAUAAAAUAUCUGGUUUAGGAUCUUCUCUGUCCUAUGGGGUUUUGAUGAUUCUGUGGAGGUUUAAUAGCACAGGAUGGUGUGAAAAGUGCUGUGAAACCAGAGCAGGGCCUCUGUAAAAGAGGUUCCAUGAAAAUGGUUUGUUUUUUUCUCUCACUUGGGAAUAGACGCUCGUAGGAACGCUCAGUGAAGAAUGGCAGUCUCAUGCUGCACAGCAGAAACACCCGUUGUUCAGAGUAAGACAGGUGAAGCAGGUUUGGUACUAAACAAAUUCUUUUAGUAUGGCACUAUCUUCUUUAGCUGCAAAUAGUCUGUGCCGUACCACAUGAUGCUGCAGAAACAACCUAUUUCUUUGCUAUAUAAUACUUGGAAAAAAAAAAAUCAGGGAUUUAAACUGACAGUGCUUCACAGGGAUGUUUUUUCCUCCUCCCCCAAAGCUAAAAGCAAAAAAAGCUGUUUCUUUUCCUUCCUCCAUAACCUGACUCAAAGGUCCUUCAAUCCAGUGGGAAAGCCCUUGCUGGUGUCAGGCAGGUCUGCCUGAAGCAGCUGGCAUGGAAGGCAGCGCUGGCUGCGUGGCUUCAGGCAGCAUCAGGAGAAAGGCAGGUGUCCUCGUCCUGGCGCAGGAUGCGGUGCCACAGGCUGGGGGGGAAUUGGUUGCGUCCUAAGCUAUGGGGACUGCACUACCCCAGCGGUUCACUCCUUGGCACACGGUAGGGCAAAGCAUCCUGGCUCCGACCUCACCCAGACCAAAUGCCUUUAUUUAGAAAACUUGGGUCACGUAGCGAGAGAGAAACGGGGCGAUCCUUCCCCCCACAGAGAGGAUCCUCAUGGGGCUUUACCUGAGCUGAGAAGGAACGUGAAGUUCACCUGUGAGGCGCUCUGCCUCCCAAGCAGGUGUCCGCAGGCACGCCAGCCGGGGAACGCAGUUAGGCUCAUUUUGGGAUUAUUGCUAUUGUUAAAUAAUCUGGUACUUGCUGUGAGGGAGAGAAGCUU